GCCUGCUCGUCAGCGGCCGAGCAAGUUCCAGGAUUGGGUGGAGUGGGUGGAAGCAGAUCCAAUCAGCAAUCAGCGCGCGCGGGUUCUGGGCCGUAGAGCCGCUUCUCGAGUAGGCUGAGGCGACCUGAAGUCUGAGGUGUGGAGGAGGUUAACAAAUAUCAUAAGGCACAUGUCAGUGAAUCAGCAAGAUUUAGAUCCAGAUAGUACUACAGAUGUGGAAGAUGUUGCCGAUGCUGAAGAAGAACUUAUUAAAAAAUGUGAAGAAAUGUGGAAAGAUAUGGAAGAAUGUCAAAACAAAUUAUCACUUACUGGAACUGAGACACUCACUGAUUCAAAUGCUCAGCUGUCAUUAUUAAUUAUGCAAGUGAAAUGUUUGACUGCUGAACUUAGUCAGUGGCAAAAAGAAACUCCUGAAAUGAUUCCCCUGAAUGAAGAAAUUCUGGUAACAUUAGGAAAAGAAGAGUUCCAAAAAUUGAGACAUGAUCUUGAAUUGGUGCUAUCUACUAUUCAGUCAAAUAAUGAAAAAUUAAAGGAAGACUUAGAAAGGGAGCAAAAAUGGUUGGAUGAACAGCAGCAGAUACUGGAAUCUCUUAAUGUACUACAAAAUGAAUUGAAACAGCAGGUUGUGACAUUUUCUGAAUCAAGAAUUUUUAAUGAGCUGAAAACAAAAAUGCAUGAUAUAAAAGAAUAUAAGGAGAAACUCUUGGUUACCCUGGGUGAGUUUCUUGAAGACCAUUUUCCUCUGCCUGAUAGAAACAUUAAAAAGAAAAAGCUGCUGCUUCAGAGAAGGCAAUGGCACCCCACUCCAGUACUCUUGCAUGGAAAAUCCCAUGGACAGAGGAGCCUGAAAGACAUUCAAGAAUCAACUGCACAGCUGAUAACACUGCAUGAAAUGUUAGAGAUUCUUUUAAAUAGAUUAUUUGGUGUUCCACAUGACCCAUAUGUCAAAAUUAGUGAUUCUUUUUGGCCACCUUAUAUUGAGCUGCUCCUGCGUAAUGGAAUUGCCUUGAGACAUCCAGAAGAUCCAACCCGAAUAAGAUUAGAAGCCUUCCAUCAGUAAAAAGAUGGUGUUUUUUUCACACAGUACAUAAAGAAUCUUGUCAUUCAAGGAUAAUGGAAACACUGAGAAUUACUUGGAUAAAGAACGUUAUUUGCUAAUCAAAGCACAUAAUAUAGUCCAUUUUCCUUUCAGGCUUAAAAUGACUCAUGCUGCCAUCUACUAUUCACUUAAAAAUUAUAGCUUCAUAGUCAAUGCUUUGUGUUUUCAACUGAGUUGACAAGAAUAAGUAAAAAACAUUCUAGACUUAAUCAUUAUAAUACUUUAAAUAUACCUUACUUCUGCAGUAUUCUUUGGAAAAUUCUUUGUUAAUUAUAUUCCUAAUGUAAUGUUUUUCUCUUAAAAUAUAUGCCAGUUUAUUUUAUGCAUUUCAAGUUCUAUUUGGUGCUUACAUCCUUUAAAUUUAUAAAUUAUGGUGAAAGGCCAUAGUUUGCUGGAGGUUACAAAACUGACUUAGUAUCUUAAUGUAUAAUGUAGCAUAAUUUUUAAGUAUAUAGUACAUCUGUUCCAUGUAUACUACAAUAUUUCUAGGUUUGUUAAAAAUUGCAAUAUUAAAAAAUAAUGAAUAAAGGUAGCAUGAAAACUAUUUUAAUGUGUAUUAUAUUACAAGUGAUAUAUAUAUUAAACCUUUCUUGAUUCUGUUAAUUAUUACUAAUGAUAUUGUGUUCAUAAAAUUUUUUUAAUCCUCUGUGACAUUUUUGUAAAUAAAAUUCUCAUUUAAAAUUC